AUGAAGGGUUUCUCCGGCGACGAGACCCCGCUUGCAUUAUUAACCAACAGGACUUCGCAAAAGAGGCCACGUUCUCCGACCGAACGCACUGGGACGCUGCUGGAUCUGGAUGUUACAGACUGUCCCAUUUGCUAUCAUCCCCUCACCAUUCCAAUCUUUCAGUGUGAUAACGGACAUAUAGCGUGUUCUACUUGCUGCCAAAAGUUGAGCGAGAAGUGUGCAACAUGCUCUUUACCCACUCUUUCCCGCAACAGAGCUAUGGAGCGAGUUCUCGAACUACUUAAAGUUCCAUGUCCGAAUGAUGGUUGCUCAAAGAUUGUCACUUGUUCUGAAACAGCAGCACAUGUAAAGCACUGUCCUUUCACCCAACGUACUUGCCCUUUUAGCAGCUGUGACUUCACUUGCUCCUUCAAGGAUUUAUUUGAACACAGCGUUGCUGAACACAGCAUUGUGGAACCUUGGUAUGCUAGAGCUUACCGAUCAUUUUCCACACGCCCGUUUAAAUGUGGAACACCCGAGCAUAUUCAUCUCUUAGCGUAUAAGAGGCUCAUUCUCAAGGAAGAGACUACAGAAGAAGGAGAAGGAGAAAUUGUGGUUGUGUCGUUGUUUGACAUACCAGAGGGUCAGAUACUCUAUGCAUGCUGUAUUGGACCAGGAACAGACAAGUACUCCUACCAACUGAAGCUAUCUUCACAUUGCGGUGAUGACUUGGUGUUUAACUCAAACCUCCAAAGAGUCAGUGAAGUGAGCAAUGAACCACCAAAUGCGCAUUUUAUGUUGGUUUCUUCAUAUAUGUUGCCUUACCUCAAGAGUGACAUAUGCAUCAAGCGGGAGGACUCAUUAGGUUCAUGAAGUACGCUACUUCUUCAUCACUCGUCGUCAGCCACACUAAUGCCAUUAAUUACUGUAUGUUUGUACUUUCUGUCAUCGCUAUCUAAUGUAUGAUCUUGGGUUAUGGUUCCUGUAAGCAAACGUUUACCUAACACGAUCAAAAUCGGAAUUUAUCUUUACCA